AUGUCAAGUUACGAACUAGUGUAUUACAACAGUCGGGGGUACGCAGAACCCAUAAGGAUAUUAUUUAACCUCUCCGGAAUAGAAUUCAAAGACACGAGGCUGGCAGCAGGCACUCCCGAGUUUGCCGCCGCUUUAAAACGAUCACCAGGUGGUUGCUUACCAAGUUUAGUAUUGGAUGGAAACCGGGUAGUGUGCCAGAGUCUUGCUAUUACCCGUUACGUCGCUAGUUUAACCGACUACAAAGGCAGAACAGCAGAGGAUACACUUUAUGUGAACAUGUUCAUUGAGACGCUUUACGACCUGAUCGCAAGAUAUGAUGAGGUCGUUAAAGAAAAGGAUCAAAACAUCAAGGCGAAGAAGAAGGAGGGGGCAUACGAGAGCUAUUUUCCAGUGUAUCUCUCUAAAUUGGAGAAGAUGUUGUCUGCCCAGUCUGGACCUUUUAUCCUAGGUGACAGGAUGACAUGGGGUGAUAUAGUGAUAAUGAGUUUUUUAGAACUCAAACAGAACCCUGAAUACGGCAGAGCUGACUUACUCUCGAACUUUCCAAAACUAGCAGCUCAAUACAGAGGAGUAAUAGAAGAACCAGGAGUGAAGCGAUGGAGUCAGCUAUAG